AUGAGUACUCCUCACCCACAGCAACCUCGAAGACGGGGAAGCAGUACGCAGAGGAGUACGCCACCACUAUCCAAGAGCUCGGAAUCUCACGCGCGGUUCAACAAAUCCACAACCCAGUCUACAGAACAACUGCCGCGUUGCCUUCAUGAUGCCAUUGGCCUGCACGGCAGAACCAUAGCCAAGGAGAUAAAUGCAGAGAUACAGACUCUGGUCAACCUCAUGCAGCAUACGGGCAUAUCCCAGGGGGUAUCCCAGGUCGAGGGUCCGGUUGAUAUUGCCAGCCAGGAGCCGUCAUCCUCCGAUACGCAAGAACUGGUGAAGCUCUACUCAACAGCACAGGAUAGGAUCAAGCAUCUGGAGACCAUGCUGGAAACAGAGAAGGCCCGUUCCAGAGAGUUGACCAAGGAAAAGGACGAUAUGUUGGCCUCACACCAUAGAGACUACCAUGAGCUACGUGUAAACAACAAGAUUAGCAUGCUCAACGAGCAAAAACUGCUUCAACAGUUCGAGGAGGAGCAAGAACGCUGUCGUCGUCUGUUUGACCACAUUCAGGAACUCAAGGGGGGCAUUCGCGUCAUGUGCCGGAUUCGCCCGUCUUUGCCGCACGAGGCCAAAAUGGAGGUGGCCGACUUUGGCCCUCCUGAGCGAGGCAGUCUGACCAACUACUGGGCAAAAUUGCUGCUUCCCAUUCAGCGGACGCGUGUGACUGGCGAAGCGACGACUGAGACCAAGGAGUACAACUUUGAACGAAUCUUUGGACCCGGUGACGGCAACGAUGCUGUUUUUGGAGAGAUCAAUGAUCUGGUACAAUGUGCGCUCCAGGGAGGCAAGGCGACAAUCUUCUGCUACGGCCAGAGCGGAAGUGGCAAGACUUUUACAAUGAGCCAUCAAGAGGACCUCGAUAACGUAGACUCUCAGGACGGUAUAAUGCCACAGGCUCUUGCAAUGUUAUUUCGCAGCGCUGAAGAACAGGCAGACAAGUGCAAGUAUGAGUUUUAUUUCUCCGCUGUUGAGAUCUACAAAGAAACCAUGUUUGAUCUUGAGUCGGUUGAUGACGAGGGCCGUAUCUACAAGGUCCCAGGGAACGACCCGGGCUUGGCGACCAAGUUCCUCGUUACAAAGCUCAAAGGAGUCCUGGGAGACCACGGAGUGCUGAAGCAAAUUAGAGACAAAAGAGUCGUGAGUUCGACCAAGCUUAAUGAGCAGUCAUCACGAUCUCACCUUAUCCUCAGCUGCUACGUCAAGAGGACACUACUCCGAGGCAGACAUGUGGGGACAAUCUCGGAGGGCGUGCUCAACCUCGUGGAUCUCGCAGGGUCGGAGAGGGUUGGGCAAGCAGGCACCGAGGGGAGUCAACUACAAGAGGGUAUUGCUAUCAACCAGAGUCUAUUGUCAUUGACCAUGGCCAUAGCUUCGCUAGGCGAAGGAAAACAACCGACGCCUAGCACAAUACUCACCAGGUUUCUGAACCCGUGCUUUACGAGUGACUGCAAGGUACUCAUGUUGGUCAACGUCAGCCCUCUGAAAAGAGACAUGCCUGUGACCUUGCAGACCUUGCAGAGGGCUUCGGAAGCUUCGAAAGCACGAUUGGUAGAAGUUAAGCGGACACAGAAGCAGCGCGCCGCCGCCGCCGCCGCCGCCGCCACCGCCUCGGCCAAGACUCCAUCUGCGAGCACCGUUACUCGCUCUGCGCCAAACAAAGCUUCCAAGGACAGUGCCUCAUCGGCCAGUACGACGAGUAAGGCGAGGACUGCAACACAUACUCCCGCAAAGGAUGCGUCUUCUACGCACGCCCUGCGCAGGUCGCCGGCCAAAUCCACGCUUCGGUCCCAGGGCAGUAGCUCCUCUCAGUCUUCACGGUCAGCCCCGUCCAGGAAAUGA